UGGAAUAUUUCAUUCAAUUUAGUUUGAACUGUGGAAAUGUAAACAUGUAUUCUGAAUACAAAUGAAUUAAUCCAUCAGUUUCGACGCAUAAUGCAAUCACAACUUGUAUUUCUCUAAUUCAAAUGAGGACAAAAAAUUUUAUUUUUAUUUUGUGUAGUGUUAUUAUUAUAAGUGUUGUUUUGAUUGCUUUUGGCCAGAAUAAACCGGACGCUAUUCAAAAUAUUGUUUCAACAACUCACCAACAAUUUCGUAACUUUCAGGAUAACCUACGUGAUGCUGAAUCUAAAACUUUAGUAGCUGAUGUGAAAUUUUUGAAGCAAUUGGGAUUUAUAAAAACACCGAGAUUGUACCCCAACGAUAUUUGGAGGAAUACAUCAUUACCUGUAAUAGUUACUAGUGUUAGAGAAGGUCAAGAGAGUCAGAUUUAUGGACUUAUAAAUAACGUUGUUCGGAUAUUCCCAAACAAUACACUUCUUGUUUAUGAUUUGGGACUCAGUAGCUACACAUUGAAAUUUGUGCUCAAUUUUUGUAAUAAUAGUAGAUGUCAAGUACAGAAUUUUCCGUUUUCUAAUUUUCCAUCCCAUAUCAGUAAAGAAGACACCCAUGCUUAUAGGCCUUUAAUAAUUCAGGAUGCACUCCAAGCUACUGGAGCAGUUUUUUAUUUGGAAUGUGAUUAUCGUUUCUCAAAACACACAACAAGUGAUAAAGUAUUUGCUCUCUUCGAAAAACUUGUGAAAGAUCCCCGCAAAGCAAUAGUAACAUGGCCGAUGAAUUCCAAAAACCCUGUAUCAAGCCUGACACACAAAAAAAUGUUUGAAUAUUUUCAUACUGAUGCAGAGAACUUCCUUUUUCUUCCAAUGGUGUCUGCUGACAUGCUGAUGGCAGUGAAUACAGAAUUCGUUCAUCAACAAAUCAUGCUUCCAUGGGUACAGUGUGCAUUAACCCAGGACUGUCUAAUACCCAUUGGUGCGCAAUCUGGUGGUUGUAGGUUUGAUAAGAAGCCAUUAUAUCGGUACUCAGGCUGCCACAGCUACGAUGUGUCAGCAUUGAACGUUGUUUUGGGAGUGAAGAAUAAGUUCGAUUACAACCUUUAUACUUACUUAGAGAGUGACAUAUCAUUCACGAAAGUACCACUUGAUAAGGCUAUAUUUAUGAUGCAAGAAUAUGAACAAAACACAACCACAGAAGCAAGGUACUCAGAUAAUUCGUAAAUUUGUUGAAAACAGUAAUAAUUGCUAUUUUCCAAAUUGAAUAACAAAUACAACAAAAUCGAUGAUUUUUCCCGAAAAAUGAAAACAUUUUUCGGCAUAUUCACAUGCAUAAAUAAAUUAUUUUUAUAUGAAUCAAUUCGAUUUCAAAUCUGAAUUAUUAACUUGUACAUCUUGGUGCUUCACUUCAAUGUACUAAUAUAAAUGUUGAAAAUUAGUAUGAUAAUGUAAAAUGAUAUGUAAUCACUGGAUCAAGAUAAAAUUACAUUCUAUUUAUUGAAUUUAUGAUUACCAUGUAAUUCAAAUAUUUUAAAACAUUACCUUGUCAUAGGUUAACCCUGACAUAUACCUAGAGAAGAUAUGUUGUUAUUGAAAAAAUCUAUUUGCCCAUAUUAUUGAUGAAAACUAACUUUCAUGUGCAUUUUCAAAAAUAUAUUCACAUUUUAAUAUUUCGUAAACUGUGUUAAUUAACAAUUAAAAUUUUUUAACUGUGUUUACUUGUUGGUAAAGUUUCUAAUACCCAACUGAAAGAUCAGUUACAUAUUGAAAUCGAAUUUUUUUGUGGGCAUUUAAAACAGUUGUCCAACGAUUCGCAAAGUGAAACGAUAAAGGACCAAAUUUCUUGUGUGAUAUUUCAACUCUCACUGAUUAUUAAUUUUUCCUAACCGCAACUAAUUUGUGAUAAUUAUAAUAUAUUUCCACCGACUACGGAUCAUCAUUCCAAUAAGACUGUUUUAUUUUAAGAACGAUACUGUUAUAGUUACAAUUGACAUGAAUACUUUGCCAUCUUGACUGAUGGAAUAUCGAGUAUUAACAGAAACAGUGUGCUCAAUUGUGUAACCAAUCCUGAGGAUACAAUAACCUCCCCAGCUUGGGUUUUCAAAAAGUGAAUUUAGAUUUUACUAAAAUGUAUUUGCAAUUCGAGCUCUUUUAGAUGGUUGUAGUUAUGAAAUCUUUAUUGAAAGUGAAAGCAUCCGAUAACCGCAGUGCUUGUUAUUUUGUGCUUCCGCAAUUCUGAUCUAGAGGGAUAUGUUGACAAAUAAUGUAGAUAGCUUGAACUACUAGUAUAGACGAUUCGAAUACUAGGUGAUUCAAUCAUCUGAAUUAAUAGUUGCUCAAUUUUGAAGGAUAUAUGUAUGCUUUGUGUCAUAUGUUAAGUAGAUUAGUAUUUCUCUAAGGUAGCUACUGCAAUUUAUUACAAUUAUAAAAUAAUGGGGAAGCCAUAUUAUUGUACUUUGAAUAAUAACCCUUAUUGUAAUAUUCAGGAACAUCUUGAUUCAAUACAUUUGUCUGUUCAGUCAACAUAUUUUUAAUUUUCCAAGCAUAAAGGUAUACAUAUCUGACAUAAUUGAUAUAAAGUACAUACUAUUUAUUGUUCACUUGUAAAUAUUUAUUUAUUGUUGCAUUUCUUUUAGGAUUAGUAUACAAACAAAACAUACUAUUUAUUUGAAAUAAAUAGUCUAAUCACAAAGUUUUUUCUGAGCAGAAAAAAAGGUGAUGGUCCCCAAGUUUUUCCUUUUUAAAUUAAGGGAUCGCUGCACUGCGACCUUGAGCUCUAUUAUACCCUUGCCCUUCUAUCUGGUUAUAAUAUAAUAAUAUAAUAUCUCCGCAGUUAAUGGAUACUACAUUUCAUUUAACCAUGCAAUUUUCUGAGAUUGUUUUUCUUACAAAUUUUCUCAUAAAACCAUAUGUGUAGAAGUUUGUUGCAUUAAUGUGUCGUUAAUGAUGAUUUAUGUAUAAAAAUUUUAUGUUGUAUAUAAUUAAUGUGAACUAUUGAUGUAAAGUUUAACUGAAAUAAAUAAUGUGUUAUUGAUA